AUGCCUCCCAUCCGAUCAGCUCGAAACCGGAAACCCCCACCAGAUGGCUUUGACGACAUCGAAGACACGCUCCUCGAGUUCAGCAAUAAGAUGAAAGACGCGGAAAACGCGUCGCACGAAGGCAAGAAGAGACAUGAAGUUCUGUGGCCCAUUUUUCAAAUCAGCCAUCAACGCUCGAGAUAUAUCUAUGACUUAUACUACGAGAAAGAAGCAAUCUCGAAACAACUAUACGACUGGCUGCUGAGGAAUAACUACGCGGAGGCAAACCUAAUCGCGAAGUGGAAGAAGCAGGGCUACGAGAAGCUAUGCUGUCUUCGCUGCAUCCAGACAAAAGAGACAAAUUUCAGCUCGACGUGUAUCUGUCGUGUACCCAAGGCCCAGCUGAAAGAGGAGCAAAACAUCCAGUGUGUGAGCUGUGGGUGUCGAGGGUGUGCGAGCAGUGACUAA